CUAGAUGAUAGUUUUAUAUUUCCUCAGGGCAGCAGUGUACAAACAAAACCUACAAUGGAGCCUGGAACAUUGAUUCCACACAGCAGUGACAAGCUUAAACCUGGCAAAGACUGCAAGAAGAAAACCAAAAGAAAAAAGAAAGUGGCGUUUGACUUAUCACCAGCCUACAUAUGUGCCAAACAUCCUCAAUUAAGCUCUUCAUCUCAGCAUUCUCCCAAAGAGAGCGUCCUCUUGGAAAAUGAAGCUGUGAGAGAUGCUGAGAGCUGUUCACAAGUCACAGGACACAGCCAGGGUCAAACACAUGCUAAUGAAUCUCAGUGCACCAAUGAGGAUAUAAACAGCCAGGACCUGUUCAUCACCCAGAAGACAUUCAGAGUGUCGCCCUCAGAACCUUCCAGUGGGGAAGCCAGCGACCAAGCCAUAACUACAAGUCCUCAAAUGUUUGCACCACGAAACAGGUUGGACACGUCUGUAGUAUGGCUAAAACAGCAUCUCAACCAAUCAUACAAAUGUCCACAUGACUCACAUUUCCAUCAGGACCACGGAGAAACAAACGAGCAGGUGCAACAGCCAAAGACAGUACAGGUGCUUCUCACAGAGGAAGAGGAGCAGUUAAACAAAGCACAUCAGAGUCCCAAGGAGGCAAAAUCCUUCUUUGAGACACAGAUGGAGUUAAACACAAACCUAAAUCAGGUGAAAAAAGUUGCACACCCUGCACAUAAAACACUCAGUGUGGAAAAUGAAUACCUGGAUGAGCCAAUUGUUGUAAAGUCAAAGCAGUCUCUUUCAUAUCUGUCAGAUGAGCCAGCGGUGUUGCCCCCCAUGUCCCUGACAAGCACUUCCACACAGACAGAAAACUUCUUCACCACUGAACUCUCCUCCUACCUCAACUUCGACCAAAAAAGAAGAUUGAGCGUACACUUCGAGAACUUGAAACCGCUGGAUCUGAGCAUGCCAGAGAGGGCAAGAAAAAACCUCGGGACAUGUUUGUCAGUGACUUUACAAGAAGAGAUCAAAAGUGACAACCACAAAGAGCCCAGCCUGCACCCAUCUUGUUCCUCAGACACAAAAGAUGGAGAGGCAAAGAAAGAGCCCUCUGGCCGACAGCCUUGCUCUGGAAGCACACAAGGUAAAGGUGAAACAACGCUGAGCCCCCAGUCAGAGUCUGAGGCCAAGUCUGCAGACACGACAGCCUCCAGUGAAGACGACCCCCCCUGUCGCACUGGCAAGCUAGACCUGAUCCAGGUGAGGGCAGUCCAGAUGAGACUCAAUGAAUCCUUCUUCUUCAAGACAAAAGGAGAGGGACGGUCACCCAGACCAGAGUCUCCACUGAUGAAACUCGCUCAGGGCAGAGAGGUUAAAAGCAGGAAGGGGCACUGAGGUCAUAUGAAAGCAUGGAAAUUAA